UCCGCUCCUCUCGAUCCCUAGACGCCGCCGCCCGCCCCUUCCAGCCCUAGCCGCAACCCCAACCCCAUGGAGAUCGAGAUCAAGCCCCUUCCAGCCUCUCCUCCUUCCUCGCGCCCCGCCUGCUCCGCACCGACGCCCCCGCGCGGCCCCUCGCCGCCGCCACCGCCGCCCAGCGGGACGUCCGCCUCUACGGCACCGACGACCGCGACCCCUCCCGCGCCGUCCUCACGCUCAAGCGCCGCCCGCGCAUCGAUGCCGGCGUCAGCUGCGUUGAGGAGUUCGUGGAGCCCCUCGACCCCGCCCUCGCCCUCACCUGCAUCGACAACCCCGCCCGUCUCGGUGCGGUCGACUCCCCCUGCUUGGUCUUCCUUCUUCGUUACUUUUAGGUUUGCCCUUCUUCUUUCCUCCUUUAAUUUCUUGAGCGGGCUGUUGUCUGUCAGCGCCUGUUACUCCGGUAGAUGGUUUUAUGUUGCAGAAAAGCAGGGUAAUGCUGGCCUCAAGCCAUGGGUCGGUGCCGUCCAGCGGCGCAGUCGUGGACGGACGGUGCGGCUGAUAAGCAUACUGAUAGUCCUCUUUGUCUUGCGGACGGAGAGAACCUGGCACUGCCGCCAUGGCUCUUCCGUCUCAAGCCUCUCCCUCAUGUUGCAGAUUUGAUUGAUUGGCUGUUCACUCCUAAUUUGUGUUAAGCUGCUACUGCUGCUGCAGUGGCACAUUAUGGAACAAAGGACAUGAAUAUAUGUGCUCCACAGUAUGUUUGCUCAACAUGUUCGCUCAAGCAUGUUGAUUAGAGGCUGCACUGACUUGCAUUAGACGCGGACCAGCUGACUGUUGUUCAUGUAAGAAAUUUACUUCCUUCAUGUGCCCCUCAUGAUUAUUCUGCCUAUAAUAGACCUUAGAUAAUGCUAUUCAACCUGAAGUGAUGGUGGGUGACUUUGGAGAUAUUUCAUAGCAAUAUGAUGUACUGCUUCUCCUAUAAAUGAUUUUGCAGCUGCUUGUGACCAAAUCUUGUUGUUCAGUGAUUUUGGAGAUAUAUGACUGUCGCUUCUCCUAUAAAUGAUAACUUGUGAUAAUUCUAAUUUUCUUAAAUGCUAUUGUAGUACAUCAAUGGAGUAUAAAGAGUUUGUUUUCCCAUUGAGCACUUGUUGAAACCAAAAUGUAUCUCAGUAUGAGGAACAAAAUAUGCAGGUUUGAUUUCUGUUGUAUGUUGCUCACGAAUCUGAUCUGACUCAUUUUCCAGAAAAUUUUAGGACGGCCGCAUGCUUAUCCGAUGUUUCUUUACUUCCUGUAAAUCUUUUUAGUACCAUUGGUGAUUCAAGUUGUCUUGACUUCAUGUAUUUACAUUUUCAGAAUAAGCUGAUUAAUGUUGCAUUUGAGCAGGCAUUAUUUGAGGUUGCACUUCUUAAAGUUUUUGUGUGGCUGCACAUGUUAUGUCUCCCAUAUGGUUUAUCUUUACUGGCAUCCUAUUGAAUGUUGGGUUUUGAUGGAAGAAUGUGGGGGGAUCGGAACAUAGAGGUGAAAUAUUUUGUGAUAAUUAUUACUUUUUUAAGAAAUAUUGUCAUAUUUGAAGCUCUAUUGCUUCUUAAACCUAAUCAUAGCUUUGUGCAUGUUGAAGUUCCAGUCUUAUUGGUAGUUCCAAUGCAGCGACCUUGCUAUGUAAAUUCAAAGAAGUUACUACCUAAUAAUUCUCUCUUGCUAUUCCAGCUACCAGAGAAGUUUAAAGAAUGCUAAAAGGAAUACACUCUAAACCCGGGGAGAAGUAAGCAGCCAUUCAUCUCAUCAAUGUAUUUUUUCUUGGUUGCAUUUGGUUUGGCAGACCUAAAAUAAUCACGGUUACUCACUAGGUUUUUGCAGAUUGCACCUGUAUAUAAUGUGGUAGAUGCUACAAUAGAGUUAUAUUCCCUCCCGGGUUAUGUGUCGGACAGCUAGAGUAGUAAUGUUGCAAGUGGACAUCUGUUGUGGAACCAUUACCAGUUAUUGGUAUUCAAAUACAUGAUUUCUACUGCAAAUAUUUAUGCGAAUGCUUCCUUAUCAUGUUUUCUAAGCUCGAAAACCUCAAUUUCUUCCAUUUAAAUUUUCUCAUCCAUAAUGGACCUUUAUGAAAGGAGGCAAUUUGUCUAUCUCCAUUGCACAUGAAGCGUCUAUAGUGUUGUCACGUUUUUGUGUGUAUGGAGAUACUAAAAGGACCAGAAUUGUUGUUAAUAUUGCUGCACAAAUGUUUUGCAAUUUCCUAAAUCACUGUCAAGUUUUUGUUUCCUAACUCCACAUUUAUCUAGAAAUCACUUGAUUAAAUGUAUUACAGUGUCAAAAAUAACAAGUCCAAAUUUUGUUCUAAUCUAUGUGAUGACAUGUUUGAUUUGUAGGGCAUGGAGAGUGCUUGUGGAAAUUGUUCAGUUAGCUGAUGACAUGUUUGAUUUGCAGGGCUUAUGUUGCACGAAGAAACAAGAAACAUGUUUCAUUUGCAGGGUGAUUCUGCACUAAUUAUUCAGUUUGUUGUCUUUCCAAUCCAGAAGAACUAAGUGCUUGAUUUGGACAAGCCAUGGUGACACCAGCUCCCAGCCAUAGUGAUUUGUAAUUUGACAGAACUUAUCCCUGGUUGCGUAAUGGAGAAAUCAGGGAUGCCUAAGAUCAGCGAUGAGGCGGAGGCGUGCGCUUGUCCUCUCAGCCCUUGUUUUGAUGCCAUGGUGCCUUUCACUUCCGUCCGCCUCUAGCUGGCGCUGGAUGCACCUAUCCCUUUCCGCAGCGCAUCCAUGUUGCGGUACAACACCACUAAUGUGAGCACUGCUGAGUUAAUUUUUGCUUUUAUUCUUGAAAUCAUCUUUGCUCCCUAAUUCUAAGCAUGACUCUAUUUGUUUGAAUUAUGCUUGCUACUUCAUGUACUGCCAACAGUAUUCUUCUUCUUUUCCUUCACGAAAGUGGUUUCAUGAACUCAUAAGUGCUACACUUCGGUGGCCAUGAUAUUUCCAUGUGGCAUCAUGUCUUUUUCUUUCAGAUCUCACGAAAUUGUUGGACCAGUUCUAAACUUGAUUAGUGGUCGAAGACAAAAAAAAUUUGUCUCAUGUUCACAACCUUGGAGGAGGGAAACAUCAAAAGUUUGUUAGUGCAGGACUGUGUCGGGUAGCAUGUGAGGCCCCAACCGACACGCGCGGUCGUGCACCAAAGGCCCAGUACACAUAGACGCUACGUCCUGGACUGUGGCCGCUGCGUCUCCUAGGACUAUUUAGAUUCCAGGAGAACAUGAUGCGAGCAGCACUGGCACAAGCAUGUGUGGUUAGAUAUUUGUUCAAAGGAAUCAUUACAAGAAAAUGUGAAAGAAGAAGGUUUGGGAAAUGAAAGGAAGCAUUGAUAUUCACGAUGGAGUGCUGGUUAUAGGAUGACAGCACAACUAGAGGAUGAGGGUCGCUUUCUUUCUGUUGAUUAAAGAUCUGGUGGAUUUUCCCGACGCCAACUAUUCUAUUAUUGGUAUGUGACCUGCACAUGCUAUGGUUAGAUGCACUUCUAAUUUUCUCUCAAGCGUAUACAGAUUUUGUUUAUCGAUUUACCACUAAUUUCCACUACGGCCUGAGUAUUGAUCUCAUGCAUGCUUAUACAUAAUUACUAUUGAUUUACAGCCAUUUGUGAUUACCUUGCACUGUAAUACAACACCAAAGCCUUUAGUCCCAAACAAGUUGGGGUAGGCUAUUACUUUGCACUGUAAUGAGGAAGAUAUAUCUUGAUGAUGAUCUCAUUAUUUGACAUGAAAUUGGCAUAUAUGAGAUGGUCUAUGUGAGACUUGCGGAGACUGAUGUAUGAUUAUUUCAUUUCAUUUUGAUUUCCAGAAAGUGUUCUUGCAACAAUAUGAUAGCCUAUGACUCUAUUUUACCUUUUCUUAUGAAAAAAUGUUCUAAAUUAGUUCAUAAUUUCAUAUGUGUUAUUUUUUAAAAUAUCAUAUGUGUUUUCAGUAUUAGUUUGGUUUUUCUUAAAUGUAACAACAACUAGAAAAUGGUGUAAACGAUAAAUGACGACGGCCCGUUCAGAGAAGAUAGUUACUAUAUAGCUUACAUGUACGGUGGUGCCUUCCUUGAGUUGGAGAAUAUUUUAGUUCAUCAACUUGCAGCUAUAGCAAUGACCAACACAAUUUCUCCUACGAAAUUUCCAUUCUUCCCCUGUUCUGUUGGUUGCUGGUGUAGAUUUACUUCUUAUAUAAGAUAAGACAUAGAUUUUUUGUUACAAGCAAAUUAGAUUGGUCAUGAAAACAUGUUAUUUCAGCAGCAGUUAUUGUUUCAACUGAUAUCAUCUUUGCUUACUGGGAGCUAGCUAUCCCCGACAAUAGAUUUACGCUUCAGUUAUAUUCGACCAGUAAUAUGACGUAAUGGUUUUGUUCUCUCCUUGCAUUUGCCUCUGCUUUCUUGAUUCUGUCCUUAAAUGAUGACUAGAUAUGCCCGUUGAUAAAGUUAUCUGAUGUACAUGAGGAUCAUGAAGUUAUAUGUUCCUCAUGAUUGGUGUUGACUAGCUACAGAACCUGGGCACUACUCAGUAGUCAGUACACCGACCACUUCAACGAUGCAACAGAUGCACCAACAUCCCACUGUGCAGAACACAUUUGUGUAGUCACUUUUUAUAUUACAACAAGGUUUACUCAGGCACUACACUAUGGCUUCAAACCUGGGCUAAAUUUGUGUUGGCCUGAAGGAAUGCAAAAAAUACUACUUUGGCAUAUUGAUUGGUUGGUAAGCAUUGUAUUUGAGUUUCGCACAAUCAGUAGCAUGUUUAGCAUAACAUUUUUGGUAUCUAGGAACACUAUUGUAGGGAUCCUUGUUCAGUGUUGUUCGUUUACACAAGAAUUUGUGGAACAAAAUUAUUUGUCAGGCCCCUUGCAGCCUACAUGGUCGGGACAGGCGCUGGCAGGACGGAUAGAUGCUGUUUUGGUGCCAGUGGCGAGCUGCCGGGGUCGCGGUUCCUCGGCCAGGAUGAGAUGGGCAUCUUGGUGCUGGCUCGGAGGAGAAAGACGAAGGUUGGCCCAGCCAACGAUGGCCUGGCAAACGAACUGAAUUGUCUAGGUAAAGGUUCUCACUGCCUUUCUUUUCCUUCCGUGUCUUCUUCUUUCCCAUGUAGGUCACGUGUCUAGAUUGCUUGCUAGAUCUUGCUAACUCAACCACUUGAUGUUAACUUUGUAUGUGUCUGCCUAGAUUGCUUACUAGACCUUACUAACUGGCCAUUUGAUGGUAAACUGAAGUACAAUCAGGCUUCAGUUGUGUGGUCGAAGAACUGAUUUUUUCCUACUCCUAAUAGGGCAGUGACUUCACUGCGUUAGGCUGGAUGGUCUGAUAUUUAUGCACAAACCGUUCAAUAAUUGUCCCUAAAAAACAGCAACUAAAAACAUGAAUUAUACAGUAGUUCUCAAAUUAUGUUUCCGAUAAGAUCACCCGUUAUAUACAUAAUUUGAUAAAGCUCCAAUUUACCUAAAGAAUAAAAGGCCUACGAUGAAAGCAUAGCAUCCAGGAAAAAAUACAACUAGAUUAUGAGACAAUUUCAUAUGGGGGAAUGAAAAAAUAGAGAGCUUAAAGAUUAAGUUGCUUCCUAAACUUUGCCAUUCACAAUGGUAGAAAACUAAGUUCGAUUCUUGCUGGUUUCUUACUGCAUGAAUCAUUGCUCCCUAUGUAUAAAUCGCCAUAUUGUAAUUUUUGUCAACUUAUACAUUGCAAGUGAAGUAAAUUUUAUUUAUUUUCUGAUUGUAUUGGUCAUCUUUUCUAUACACGCAUAAAUUUGACAUGCAUUAUAUUUAUAUAUGCAACCAACAAAAAUACGGAAAUGCCCGUGGCAACGCACGGGCCUUCUAUUAGUCGUAGGUAGGUACGCACAUCCAUGGCGCCGCCGCGGACGACCGGAGAAGCGCAGGCCUGCGCGUCACGCUCUGUGCUCUGGUUCAUGGCCGUGCUCCACCAGGUCCACGCCGCAGUCGUCUACUCGGCCUUCCUCGUCGGCGACCCUCUCUACUUCACCUGCGUCCCCUGGCGGCUGCCGCUGCUGCUCUCCAUGUACGCCUACGCCUCAAUGGCCCUGUUGAUCCUGUCCCACGUGGAGCUGUUCCUGCCGCGCGUGCCGUUUGCGGUGCACCAGGCGCUGCUCCACCGCGGCCUCGUCGCCGUCGGCGGCGGCGUCGUCAACCCCAUGGGGAGCUUUGUGCUCGGCCUCCCCACCGGCCACGACGGCGUUGUGCCGGCUUGCACUUGUCUCGUCGCCGUGCUCAUCGUUGGGCUCCUCGUGCUGUGGGUGUGGCUUGUUCGCGAGUACAGCGGUGGCGGCCAGCCGUCGGGUAAAACUACAACCAGCACAGCUGCAGGAAACUCUAUGCCCAAGACACACCCACGCGUCUGGAAAAAAUACCGAAAGCAUGUUGUGGCGGAGAACCUCGGCGUCUCGUGUCCGGCCAAUGUGGCACCAAGUUCAAACAGGUUGGGGUGAACACCAGGGAAAACUACACCAGCAUAGCAAUUGCAGGAAAAACCUUGUGUACAUCACAAGUUCACAGCGAUGGAGAGGCCGGGUUAUCUCUUUUCCAAAAAUUCUAUGUAUAAAUUGUUGGAUUAUGUGCCAUAUUCAAAUUACUCAAAAGUAUACUAGAUGAUACACCACAGGGUUGGCGCGAAAAUAUUAUUGCAAUAUAUUUUAAUGAGAUUUUGUUGUAUGAAAGUGAAUAACUAAUAGAUAUGACUUAUUGUGUUUGAUUAUUA